GAAAGAUAGGACGCAGGAAGGGAAUUGAAGAGUCAUAUAGGAUUCAUAGUGGUAGGUUUAAUAUUUCCUAUUCAUUUGCUUACAUUGCUAUAUAGUGUUGAUAUCGCGUAACAAGGACUCGCUUCUCACCUUCCGCCCCCCCUCCCCCUCUCCUAUGAGAAAGGGAGGGGAGGCCAGGCUAGGUGUGCGCGUAUACUUGUCGCCGCCAAGAGGGGAAGAGCAGGAGGAUGAGGCAAACCUGUAUUGUUGUAGAACAUAAUACAAACAACAGCUUGUGUGUGUGUGUGUGUGUGUGUGUGUGUGUGUGUGUGAUUGCUGAGACUAGCAAGGAAGUGUUCUCGCAGUGAUGUCACGUUCGCAUUGUUGAUCUAAGAAAUAGAAAGGCGUGGUAAGCGUUGACAUUUUUUUCUAUUAAUGGUAAAGGAGACAGACCAACGGCUUAAGUCACAAGAAUAUCCACAAAAUUGAUAAUCCUCUAAAGAUAAUAGAGAAAGAUUUAAAAAACAGAAUAUAACAUUAAAUUCAGGAGGUGUUUCGAUCCUCCCCUUUAGAAAUAUAUGAUUAUGAGACGUUUAUUACGAAUGUUCUUUCUUUAUGAUCUGUCUGCUACCAAUCUUUCGGCUUCACUGUCCAAGGUCACGUGUAGUCCCGUCACCCGGCCAGAGAAUCAUUUACGACGCCCUUUCAACAGUUUAUUAACAAGGCCUCACUCUUCCACCCACUCACUGGCCACAUCUCCCUUCCUCCCCUUCUUUGGUCCCUCCCUCUCCUUCUUACCAUACCCCUCCCCCACCAGCAUUACCCUCCCCCUUCUGCCGCUGCGUCCCCUCUCCUCCCACUUCAGAGCGACGUUUAGGAGGUUUGAUUGAAAUGUUAAGUUAAUUCACCUCUUGAAAGCUUUCUUACAAUAAUGGUAACGCAAUCCGAGUCUAAAGUAAAGCAUAUGCAUGUUAUACAGGGACGGUAAUCUUACUUUUUAUCUCAAAUGAAUGACAGGGGCCGGUUUAUCUUUCAUUGAUUAAAGAUAAGCAAUCACGAGUGAGGACCGAUAGUAAUUUAUGGUUCAGGAAGUAGUAGCGAUUAAUUAACCUUUCUCCUGUUCUUCCGUAAAGCCCAGCGUAAACAAGCCAUAUAAAUAAAAAGAGGAGCAAUAAAACAAAUGUGGAAGAGGUGAAGAGUUUGAGAAGCUGUAAUAAUGUAGGUGAAGAGGCUGCGAUAACGUUCAGAUUCGAGACAGAUAAACCCCCUCUCCCCCCCUCUACGUUUUGGCAGCGAAUCACUUAGCGGAGUAGUGCGAGACGGGGAGGAUGCCUCGUAAAUGUGGUGCUGGUGUGGGGGAAUGUUUUGAUACUUGCUCAAGCAUCCUCCUCCAACCAUUCCGUUGUCUGACGCGAUGUUUCAGCAGCGGCGGAGCGCGUGCCCAGCGAGGCAAGAUGGUCUUCCUGCAUGGAGUUCUCUACUUGGAGGUGAUUGAGGCGAAUGGGCUCCCUGAUGUGGACACCUCGUGGUUCCGCUCUGCCAAGGACGUCUCUGACCCCUACGUGACGGUGGACACAUGCUGCGGUGGCAAGAAGACAUGUCGCAUCACCAAGACCUCCAUCAUCUACAACUCACUUAACCCACACUGGGGCGAGAAGUUCCGGAUUGAGAUGUGUCACGAAACGGAAUCACUCUUAUUCACUGUUAAAGAUCUCGACCUGGUGAAGGUGGAGUGUAUGGGCUACAUGAGCAUCCGUGCCGAUGACCUGUUGCAAGAAGAGCCUGUCACCGGAUGGUUCCCGCUCAUUGGCAAGGACGGCAACCCUGCAGGCUCUAUCAAUGUAUCAAUGCGAUAUCUCUCUGUCUCCUCCAUCACUCGCUCUAACGAGGUGCCAGACACUGUGUUUCCACUUCGCAGUGGCUGCCGCGUUCGUCUCUACCAGGACGCCCACACGCCAGCGAUAUCGCCUAUCACCGACGUGCAAACGGCCAGCGGGGAGCAGUAUCAACCGCCGCAGCUGUGGGAGGACAUCACCCAGGCCUUGGAAAACGCCCAGCAACUUAUUUAUAUUAUCGGAUGGAGCGUCAAGGCAGACGUAAGUUUGAUACGAAAUGGCGAGUGCGAAAACCUGGGUGACCUGUUGAAGCGUAAAGCGAAUGACGGCGUAAGGGUGAUGGUGAUGGUAUGGAAUGAGGCCAUGAGCACAGAUCUGUACACGUCUGGCGUCAUGGGGACUCAUGACGAGGAGACACGCAUCUUUUUCGAGGGUACUGAGGUGGAGGUAUUCCUUUCCCCACGUCAGAAAAACAAAGGCAAGAUCAUGGAGAACAACUUUGUGUCCACGCUUUAUACUCAUCACCAAAAGUGUGUCAUCGUGGACGCCGAGGCAGAGGGCGACGAACGGCGGCGUCUGGUGGCAUUUGCUGGAGGUAUCGACCUGACGGAUGGACGAUGGGACACACCUGAACAUCCACUCUUCAAAACUCUUCCCGAGCAGCACCAACACGAUUUUUACAAUGGAGUGUGUACGGCCAGCGUGAAGACAGGCCCGCGUCAACCAUGGCACGACAUUCAUAUGUAUAUGGAAGGGCAAGUUGCCUAUGACCUUCUCACCAACUUUGUUGAGAGAUGGCGGCGUCAGGCCACGGACAGGGAGAAUCGUUUGCUGGCCGUCAAUGAAGAUGACUUUGUACUGGACUGGGAGGCCCCUGAUGAGAACCCUUGGAGUGUGCAGUUCUUCCGCUCCAUAAAUUCAGAUUCAGCACAAUUUGACACCAAUGUGUUAGAUCGCCUCCUGGCCAGGAAGGGGCGACUUUUUGACAACUCCAUCCAGCGAGCCUAUGUCCACCACAUCCGACGAGCCAAACGAUUCAUUUACCUGGAGAAUCAGUAUUUCCUCGGGUCGGCUCAUGGCUGGUUGGUACAAGAGGCCAAGUGCCCUCACCUCAUUCCCAUCGAGCUCACCACCAGGAUCAUCAAUGCCAUCAAGGCGGGUGAAGACUUCCGGGUGUACGUUGUGGUGCCUAUCCAUCCUGAGGGUGAUCCCACCUCCUCUGCCGUGCAGGAGAUCCUUCACUGGCAACAUCGCACCAUGGAAAUGAUGUACAGGAAGAUCGCCAGAGCCAUUCGCAAGGCUCGGAUCGAGGCCCACCCCACUGACUACCUCAGCUUCUUCUGUCUAGGCAAGCGUGAGGGACCAGAUGAAGUGCCAGAGGGACUGGAUCAACCAGACUCCAACUCAGUGGCUGCAAAGGUGCGUGAGAGCCUCCGCUUUAUGAUUUAUGUGCAUUCUAAGAUGGCCAUCUUUGAUGACGAGUACAUAAUCGUGGGCUCAGCCAACAUUAAUGAGCGCAGCAUGAGUGGUAACAGAGAUACAGAAAUGGCAGUGGGUGCCUUCCAGCCUCAGUUCACCAAAGAGGAAUGUGGUGAUGGUGAGAUAGAGGGAGAUGUGCGCACGUUCCGCAUGUCUCUUUGGGCAGAGCACUGUGGUGCUCACAUGGAGGAGCACAAGAGCCCCUCAUCCACAGCCUGUAUGGCUGCCCUCAAGACUCUGGGUGAAGCCAACCUCCAGAAGUACCUCUCACCUGAGCCAGAACAUAAUGAUUCUCACCUGAUGACAUACCCACUUGCAGUGUCUGAUGAUGGCCAUGUUGAGUUGAGGGAAGACUGCCCAAAAUUCCCAGACACUGGUGGCUCUGUCACUGGUAAGAACUCAAACUUCUUGCCAAACUCCCUCACCACAUGAACAGCCUUGCCAUGUCCACAGAGCAAGCUAGGAAACUGGCCUUGGGAAGACCUUGGAGAUGACAAAUUACCUUGCAGAAGUCCUGUUUUUUGCGGGUGUUGCUGGUUUGUCAUGACCAGAGGCAUAAAGGGAUGCUGUGCUGCCGUGCUGGAGAAUGUUUGGUAUGAUUUUAUUUCCAGGUACAAACACUGAUGAAUUUGCACAAAGUGAAUGUAAAGGAAAGUCUUUUAUUUAGAUUGUACUGCAUGAUUAGCACAACUUCACCAUGAAACUAAACGGUGUCUAUUGUCCAACGCACAUAGGAAUUUAAUAGCAUAAAGUUAUUUUGUUAUUUUGUGUAUACAGACCGGGAUGAUAUAUUUUGAUUAAUUGCAGAGGACUUAUUGAAUGGUACAAACUCAGAAAUAUGUAGAAAUCAUUUAUAUAGAACUUUGCCAACAAUUAAUCAAUUAAUUAAAAAACUGACUAUUAUUGAAUUUAUACAUUAGAUUUGAGGAUAAAUUAUAUGAUUUGCCUUGCUUGUUUUUGUAUUAUGAACUCUUUUUUCCAUCAUCAUAUGUUUCAAUUUGUGCUAAUUUUUGUGUGGCAUCAGAGUUUUGGGAAGGCUAGAGAAGGAGAAUGCAAUAGAUGUUCAAAUCUUGCCUUAACGUGUUGUGUUUAUUGCUUUGCCAGUAAGGACAAAGCUGAAUAUUGUGUGUGUGUGUUGGUGCUCAGCAUUUUGUGGUUAUAUAGUCUUGAUCUUGCAUUUACUGUUAUUAUUGUCCAAUAUAUUAGCACAAGGGUGGGAACAGGGUGGGAGGGGAGGGAAAGAGUGAUUGUUGUUAUUGUAUUAGCCACUGUAGAGUAAAAAAAAUUAAUGCAUGCUCUAAGUGCUUAAAAUUAAUAUCUUUCAUUAUAAUUCAUGUACGUUACAGUACGUAUACAACAAGUUUCGUAAUUUGACCGCAAAAAUUUGAAGAGAAAAAAAUCUGUGUUUGCCUACAAUAUACAUUUUUAAUAAAUAUAAUAUUUUUAACUUAAGUACUUUAGGAUAGUAGUUAUUCUCCUUGGGAGGAUUCCUGACUACCUACCAUUAAUUCGUGUCUGGAGUAUGCAAUGUUCUAUAUAAAGACAAAUUGCCAAAG